CUAAUCACGGAGAGUAAUCAUCAUUCAUGAAUAGCCGAACCACCUAAUUACCUCCACAACAGACCGUAUUAUUGUUAAACUGGAUCGUCAUUAAAACAGUAGUUUAGUUUUAACUCAACGUUACUUAAAAGCUUUAUUUUUUCCUUGUUGAUUUUAGUUCCCCAGGCCACAAAAAGCCCAAAUUAGCAACCACAGACGAACUCGUGCGGCGUGUUUAAAACACAAUCAAUUAUUGAUUCAUGCGAUAGAUCUGUAGAAGACACGAAAGAUUUUUGAUUCGACAGAGAAGAGAGAGAAGGGAUAUGGUGUGAUGAAGUUUAAGGAAGCGGAAAGAGAUGGCGAGAGGAGAGUGGGGUCCGUGGGGAUAUCAAGGGAGGGGUAAAUGGUGUUGUUCUUAUAAGAAAACCACUCUUAUUGUUUGUUCUAUCAACAUUGUUAUCGCUCUCUACGUUCUUCGCUCAAUCUACGGUUCUAUUUAUGUUUUUUCCAACAAUGAUUUAAAUGUUGUAAAGUACACCCCAGAUCAGAUUAGGAAAAUGGAAGAAUCAAUACGGAUUCGAAGAGCUAAUGAACCAAUAGAGCUUGUUAAAUUGUUAAAGGAAUCAAAGCAAGACUUUUCAGAAGAAUCAAUGGUUGAAUUGCCGCGGCCUGUUAAGGAGAGGAUGACUGAUGAGAUCCUGCGGAGGUUGCGAAGCUUGAAUGCAACGGGAGAUGAAGAUGCACAAAGAGAAGCAGUUGAAAGCUGGCGCAAAGAAAAACUAGAAGAAGCCAAACAGUUGAGUGUUGGAAGACAGGGAAUGAAUUCAACUAUUUUGCAAGAGGAAGCUAGAAUGCUAGUAAGAGUCUUGGAGUCUGAUUGGGAUGCACUCUCAGAAGAAAUUGGCCUUUGGAUACCCUCUGAAAUCACUCACCAAGAACAUGAUGAUAAACCUGAGGAAGCAGAAGAAGAAGAGCUUGAGGAUGAAAUUUUGCCUGGCAGACCAGUUCCACCUGAGUGUAAUGCUCAACUUCAUACAGAUUAUGAUGGUACAGCUGUCAGAUGGGGUCUUACGCACCACAAAGAGAGUGCAGCUGACUGCUGUCAAGCUUGCUUAGAACAGGCAAAGCGUGCAAAGCCAGGUCAAAUGAAAUGCAAUAUAUGGGUUUAUUGCCCAGCUGAGACAGGUUGCCAUUCCCCGGAUAUCUAUGAACAUAAAAAUCAGGAGUGCUGGCUGAAAUAUGCAGAGAAGCCCAAAUUAAACUUUAAGGACAAGUAUUCUGAAUCAUAUAGAAAUUCUCACCCAACUGCACCUUUGUUUGUUCCUUGGGUGUCUGGAGUCGUUAGUGUGUGAUUGGAUUUUGCGAAAAGAGUGAGUGGUCAAUCAAGAAGUAUGUUGACCUGCAACCUCAUUCCGUUUUAGGGAUAGUCAUCAAGUUACACACUCCUUGAAAUCCUACAAAAUUCAUCUUGUAACAACAAUCAACUGAAAUCCAUGUCUCAUACUCUGAAUUUAGACUUUUGUUUAUUGUUCUCUAGGUUUGUUUUGGGAAAGGAAAGGGAUAGGGAGUGUGAUACUGUGAUUCCAUGACUAUAUAUAACUCUAUUUUUUUGUAAUACGGAAUGUAAUUUAAUGGUCUUGGCAAAGAUGAUUCUAAAUUGGAACAUCUAAUGCCAGAGCAAGGUGACAUUCUAAUGCCUAUUUACCUUCUUGCUACUGUUUUUUGUUUUAUUUUA